UUUUUCACACUUCCAUCUAGAGAGCAGUUCAAAAAUGUCCCGACUUUUGUUACAGUGCCGCAGCACUUUGCUGAUCCUUCGCCAUCAGACGGCCUUGGAAAGUGAGAAAGGACUCUUCAGCAAGCUCGUGGAGAAAUGCCAAUCCUUUCGGAAGGAGGAAAAGGAGGUGGCCGAGGAAGAGGAACCAAAGAGGUCUUAGGCUACACCAGAAGUCACCCCUUCCCGUUCAUAUAAGAUCAUAUAAUGGCCAACAAAUUACCAUAUUGUUGCCGGGGGCCCAACAUGAAUCGGGUCCAUUUUACGGGCAGAUCAUAAAACGGAACGUGCACAGACAUUAUAAAGCCAUAAAGCAUCAACUAAAAUCUGGCAAAAAUAGCUUAGGAAAAACAGGCAAUGCCCAGACUUAGACAAGUGAUAUAACAUCAUUUCCAUGGGCCGUUUACGAUGUCUAAGAUUCCAGACGGAGGAUGGGAUGGUGAAGAAAGGCGAGAUUGACCAGGGAAACGUAUCAAAAUUUUAAGCGAAUACAAUUGAUAGAUAAAAGCGAUCGUUUUGGAUGAA